UGGUUAGAGAUUAGAGUGCUUAGAUAUUUCUAUGUGUGCGUGUGCGUGAGAGAGAGUUUGAGAUUUUAUAUAUUAGAGUGACCUGUUUAUUAAUGUUUGUGUGUGUGUGUUAUGUUUGUUAUGUGCUUACGGGAAUCUUGCUAAACAUCGAUAAGACAAACAUUUACCUCUCGCCAAAUCUUGAUACCCAUCCUGGACUUUGAUUUGUAAAUUCGGGAGAGGGUUAUCAGUCUAACGGCGUAGUUUCAGAAACACAACUAUUUCUCUUUAAUGCUGCUACCUUCCUGAAUUUUACGAUGAAGAUUGUGUGAGAUAUUUCCCUCUUGGUUUCUUUGAUCUUGAUCGAAAGCUUCUGCCUGGCUGAACCAGGCCGGAAACAAAGCCCAGACCUAGGUUUUAGAGCCGAGCUUUCACGCGGAGAACGCAUGAGGAUCGCGGGCCUUCAGGAGAGGGUGGGACGGCCUGGGCCCAUUGCUUGCCCAAUGAUCCAGAAUGCGGCAUGUGCCUCCUAUUCUGAUCCCUGGAAAGGUUGCUCAGGUUCCAGAGAGGACGAGGCAUCGCUGGACGAGUUGCGCAACUCCCUGGCCGAUUUUGCAGUCGAUUCCUUUGCCGCCGUGUCCGGCCAGAAGCCCAGUGGCAAUGUGGUCUUCUCGCCCCUCAGUCUCGCCUCCAUUCUCACCCACCUCCUGCUCGGGGCCAAAGGACAUACGAAGGUGGCCCUCGAAGAGGCACUGCACUACAAACACCAUUUCAAGUGUGUUCACCAAUCCCUCAAGCUCCUCCUCAAUGCCAGUCGCUCUCUCACCUCCACGUCCCAGCUCUUCGUUCGGGAGGGUGUGUGCCUGAAACAAUCUUUCAUUGAGCGCUCCGAGCAUUUCUAUGGUCAGCAGCCAGAAUCAUUGACGCACAACAGGACGGAGAACGUGGAGUUGGUGAACGCGCUGGUCCGGCGAGCAACCAAGGGGCUCAUCCCACACAUGUUGGACUCCGUGUCUGAUGAUACCAUCCUCAUGUUCAUCAACGCAAUUAUCUACUCCGGAGAUCAGAAGGAGCACGUAAACGUAACGACCCGACGUCUGGAGAUAGGCGAAGAGCCGGAGGGGGAGAAGCGAGCAGAGAGAGACUGCGGAGAGUUGAAGAGCGGCGGAGGCUGA